GCUGCGGCUAUCGAGCAAAAACAGCUCCUAAUCUCCCAGCCGUCGGGAAGCCGGAAGCUGUCACACGGUUCACCGCGAUCGAUUGCGAUCGAUUCGCGUUCGUGUGCUGCGACAUCGCUUACGCCGCGCUCGCAGCCGAGUAAAAGAGGUGAGCAGUGGCUGCCAGCUCUCGCAGGCGCCAGGCGACGCCACGCCCUAAAACUGCGCAGCAGCCGCGCCGCCGCCGCCCGCGAGCUGCCUGGUAGCCGAAACCAUGGCCGAAGUACUAAUACUGGGCGGCAUGCUCGUCGCAGGGUACGUUACGGUAGCAUUAGCCGUCGAAGACGAGGAGGAAGAAGAAGAACAAAGAGCGAGGUAUGCGGCUCGCACAGCCAGAGGCCAGGGCUUCGCCGAGGUCGCUGUGCGCGUCCUGCGAGCGGAGGAUCUCGUCGACGCUACUUGGACCGGAGUGCAGGACGUGCGGGCCAUCGUCGACGUGACGCACCGGGACACGGGUGAACACUUAGGACGAGCGGCAAGUGCGGUGGCCCACGACAGUGGCACGACGCCGACGUGGGGCGACCGCGGCCGCCACGGCCUGAUUCGCGUCGCCGUUCCUGCGAGCUACCCGCCCGAGUCGCUGCGGAUCAUCAUCUCCCUCGAAAGCCAGUCGUACGUGGCGGAGCACGUCGACCUGGGCCACGCGGAGACGGACUUCUUCGCGCCCUCCACAGCUCGCGUUUUAGAGGUCGAUCCCCGAGGUACCUUGUCUUGUAGAGUCGGGUACACGCCGCCGGACCCGCGCCACGUGCCGCGCGCGGACUUCGAGCCGGCCGUUGUGGCGGCGCAGACGAUCACGGCCGACGAGUGCGGCGACGGCGACGACGAGGUGCCGCUCGAACGGACGCCUUUAUUUGAACCGGCCGUCGCGACGGAGAUGGAGCUGCCGGAAAUGCGGCCCGCGCGGCGCCCGACGGUCGUCGCGGCACCGGUGCAGCCCGUCCAGGCGCGGCCGGCGCUGCGGGCGCAGCGGAACGCGUCGAUCAGCGUCGUGGACGCGACGCCGCCGCCUCCUGCUGCCUAAGCUACUAUGUUGUUGAUA